GAUUCCGCACGUCGUCGACAGAGGGCGCUAGUCGGACUCAUUCCGGUCUUCGGACUGCGACUAUAGGAUGCAGAAAUGUCCAUCCGGUUGCGACAGUCGUUGAACCAGAGUGCGUGAUGUUACGUUCCUGAUGAUUAACGUAGUAGUACGAAACGUGUCGUAUCGGAAUACCACGCAACAAAUUCUUAAAGAUAGGUGCAGCAGAAUAACGUAGUACACUUUAACGAGUUAGGCUUAACCGGAGUAAAUUAGGAAGAGAUCCCAAGAUGGCGGAUCUGGAGGCUGUCCUGGCCGAUGUCAGUUAUUUGAUGGCGAUGGAGAAAAGUAAGUCGACACCUGCUGCCAGAGCCAGUAAGAAGAUCAUACUGCCAGAUCCCAGUGUUCGUAGUGUAAUGCACAAACAUCUUGAAAAAAUGGGAGAAGUUACAUUUGAUAAAAUUUUUAAUCAGAAAUUAGGUUAUUUAUUAUUUAAAGAUUUUUGUGAAAAUGUUUGUGAUGAACCUGUGUCACAACUCAGCUUCUAUGAAGAGAUUAAAAGGUAUGAAAAAUUAGAGACAGUAGAAGAACGGAGGCAAGCUGCAAGAGAAAUAUAUGAUAAUUUUAUCAUGAGAGAAUUAUUAUCUCAUAUGCAUAAUUACUCAAAGGAAGCAGUAAGUCAUGUACAAAAGUAUUUAAUGAGAAAUGAAGUUCCUGUCAAUUUAUUUCAGCCGUAUAUAGAAGAAAUUUUUAACCAUUUGAGAGGAGAUGUGUUUAGAAAAUUCAUUGAAAGUGAGAAAUAUACGAGGUUUUGCCAAUGGAAAAAUUUAGAGUUAAAUAUUCAACUGACCAUGAAUGAUUUUAGUGUUCACAGAAUUAUUGGACGAGGUGGUUUUGGAGAGGUGUAUGGCUGUCGCAAAGCUGACACCGGAAAAAUGUAUGCAAUGAAAUGUUUGGAUAAAAAACGAAUAAAAAUGAAACAAGGUGAAACUUUAGCAUUGAAUGAAAGAAUUAUGUUAUCCUUAGUCAGUACAGGAGAAGAUUGUCCAUUUAUUGUUUGCAUGACAUAUGCCUUCCAGACACCAGAUAAACUUUGUUUUAUAUUAGAUCUUAUGAAUGGUGGAGAUUUGCAUUACCAUUUAUCACAGCAUGGAGUUUUUACAGAACAAGAAAUGAGAUUUUAUGCAGCUGAAGUUAUUCUUGGAUUAGAACAUAUGCAUAAGCGAUUUGUUGUCUAUAGAGAUUUAAAACCAGCCAACAUUCUUCUAGAUGAACAUGGACAUAUCAGGAUAUCGGAUUUAGGAUUGGCCUGUGAUUUUUCAAAGAAAAAGCCUCAUGCUAGUGUUGGGACUCAUGGUUAUAUGGCUCCUGAAGUUUUAUCCAAAGGAAUGGCGUAUGAUUCAAGUGCUGACUGGUUUUCAUUAGGAUGCAUGUUAUAUAAAUUGUUGAAAGGACACAGCCCAUUCAGGCAACAUAAAACAAAAGACAAACAUGAAAUUGAUAGAAUGACAAUGACAAUGAAUGUUGAGUUACCAGAUUCAUUUUCUGUUGAAUUGAAAGCAUUGUUAGAAGGUUUGCUGCACAGGGAUGUUGAUAAAAGAUUAGGAUGUAAAGGAAAGGGUUCUGAAGAAGUAAAAGAACAAGCAUUUUUUAAAGGUAUUGAUUGGCAGUUGGUAUAUCUUCAAAAGUAUCCACCUCCACUGAUACCACCAAGAGGUGAAGUUAAUGCUGCAGAUGCCUUUGAUAUUGGUUCAUUUGAUGAAGAAGAUACAAAAGGCAUUAAAUUAACUGAAGCCGAUCAGGAACUGUACAAAAAUUUUCCAGUUGUAAUAUCAGAAAGGUGGCAGCAAGAAAUAGCAGAAACUGUAUUUGAAACAAUUAAUCAAGAAGCAGAUAAAAUUGAGCAGAAAAAACGUGCCAAGAUGAAAAUGAAGUUUGAGGAUGAAAAAGAGUCUGAUUGUAUUAUUCAUGGCUAUAUUAAGAAAUUGGGUGGGCCUUUUGCAUCUGCUUGGCAAACUCGUUAUGGAAAACUCUAUCCAAACAGACUAGAACUUCACACAGAAUCAAGCAGUAGUAAACCAGAACUUAUUUUUAUGGAUCAAAUAGACGACGUGUGUUCUGAUUAUGUUCAAGUUAAAGGAGAACAAUGCAUUGUAUUGAAAAUGAAAGGAGAAAGAGAACGUGAUGCAAAAGUUGUACUUACUAAUCCAGAUGAGAUUGGAUUGAAAGAAUGGUUGAUAUCAUUGAAGUCCACACACAAAAAUUCUCUAGAAUUAUUAGGAAGCAUGGCAAAAAAGGCUGGUAAAAUCUAUGGCACAGAAACUAACAAUAGGAAUAACAUUGUUAGCCGUAGUGCUAAUGGAAAUUGAACAUCAGGCAGGGAACAAAAUUCAAACAGCGAGAGUGCAAUUACUCGCCGACAGGCGAACCUUAAAGUGUCACCCGGGACCCGAAAUCCCUUGGACGUGCAGCCGACAGAAAAUCGGGAUAAAGAGUACGCGACUUACAUUCUCCUCCCUACGUUCGUCUACCAUCCGAAUUUUGUUAUAAAGAUUCCGCGGCCAUCGACCGCAUCCGUGCAGACUUUCGUUGUCGAGGCGGCGUUCGACAGGACAGAAGACGCGACGCGCCCACUCGCUCGGCCUCCCGUGUAUAGUACUUUAAUUUAUUCCGUGUCUGUAAUUGUGCGAUCUGUCGAUAACCGCGCCUAGAUAGAGACAGAGAGGUCGACGCUGCCCCCUAGUUUCAGUGUUUAGCUUUGAGCUUCCCGACAGAGUCGCCUCCUCCGUCAAAGACGAUUAGACACCUCUCUUCUAGUCCGUUCCUUCCCCGGCCGUUCUGCUGCCACCCGUACGGAAGGGAAGAGCGUUCCGACCCGUCGACAACCGGUAAAAGAAAAAAGUGGAAACACCGGGUGGCAGCGCAACUGACGAAGGAUGCAAUGGCGCCACUCUGCCUCCUCCUCCGUCUCCUCAAAAUUUGUUACAAAAGGCAAAAAACUUCCCUGCGGGGUGGAGGAAGAUUGGGCAUUGCCCGUCUUGUCACGGGUAGAAGAGAGAGGUCGUACUUUACGCAGUCUUCAGGUGUCAAAUGUUUUAUUACAGGUAGAGGUUAUUGUAAAUCGUCAUGUAUAGUACAUGUACUUAAACGUCGUUUUCACAGAUGUGACUAUUUAAAAAAUGAAUAUGGUCUAACGAAUCAGUGAUGAAAUAAACAUCUUUUAUUUAACUUUCGUCUUCCUCGCCUCUCAUUUUUUUAGAAGAGGAAACGUGAUUGCUCUAAUUGAGACAACACUAAUCUUUCCAUUAUUUAUUUGUUUUAGAAGAAAAUUUGCGUCCUUCGCGAGACUUUCCAAAAGGUAGGAGGGUUUGGAUCGACCCGGUUAGAUCAAGUGUGUUAUCCUUGCUGCUGCAGCUGGCUGUAUGGUGGAACGGUUAAGAUGACAGCCUACCACUCUGGGAGACCGAGAUCAAAUCUGGACCGGUCGAAAUACUUCAAGAAUUUUUCGGGGUCGUCUGUCCAGAUAUGUCAUGCCCCAUUCUUCGUCAUCCAGUCGUUCCAUUGUGGGCCUGGCCAAACCCAUAAUAAGAUUGAUACAGAGACUUUUCUAGUGCCCAUAGGGCAUAAAGAGUAAAAAUACAAGCAAUUAUUUAUUGUGACACGUCGUCACAAUGCUGUGCUGAACUUUUAAUCAUCAUUUAAUUUUUAAAAAAUCACGUGACUUUUAGUCUAAAACUCAUAAAUAGUUAGUGGGACCUCCUGCUCCUAAUCUUCCUCUCUCUGGCCGCGGACGACAGUGGAAAUGUAUAAGUCUGCAAUUUAAAAAUUGCAGCCCAAAAUAAAAAUGCUUCGGUGCAAAACUAUUUAUUGGGCCCCGCAAAGUUUAUAGUUAUACAAAAUUAUAGAAUACGAAUAUUUGUAUGAGUUAUUUAAAACUUUUAUUUUAUCUUGCCAAGGUGUAAAUUGACAAAGCCCGACUUUACACCCUUACCUAGCAAGAUGUACCACCAACGUUGGUUGCAGAUCUUGCAACCCCGGUAAUUUUUCUGAUAUUUAUCAGAGGAGAGGUGAUUAUAAUUUUCAAUUAAUUUAUUCGUAUUAAAUCAGUAAAUUGUAUCCUUUAAUUGUGUUCGUUUAAACCAAUACUAUCGGAAGCAGUGGUCUAACAAUUUCUGGGGGAAAUAAGUUUUAAAGUAAUACAGCAUUAUGGAAUGUUCAUUAUUAUAAUAAUGAUUAUUGGAUUGUGUGACUUAUGACAGCCGAUAGACGACACCCAUAGACUCUAUGGUAGUCGGUCUUAGGAUUAUAGCGCCUCGCCGGUAACGGGCGGAAGCAGGCUAUUCUAUAUUCACUUCCUUCGAAAUUACAAUUCGAUUAAUUUUUAAACACAUUAAUUUCGGCCAGGAUUCACAAACACUCAGUAUCGUAACUUAGGACGAAAUUCAUCGUAAGUUGCCAGAUGCAAGAAGUCUCAUAUUCGCAAAGUGCCCGUACGCUACGAUAUCGUAAAAGUCUAGUACUCACGUAAGUCUGGGUACUGGUGGUCGAGUAUUUGGUUCUAUCGAUAGAUAAUCGAUUCGAGCGUUUUUUCUGAUUAUUUCUUCUAAACUUUCUGAUUCAAAACUUCUAUGUUAUCAAAUGACGAAAAAAAGUAACUACUGUAAUUCCUAUCCAUUUUAAUUCUAAAGAAAUAAAAUGCUACCUUUCCUCAGACCACAAAUUAAAUACCACGUGCAGCGAGAAAAUUCUUAAAGAAACGUCUUUCUAUUGGCUGUAUUAAAACGGAAGCGGUCCCUAGUGGUGACGCUAGGAAUCACUCUCUCCUCCUUGCAGGUCUCUUUUAGCAAGCCCAUUACGAGUUCAGGCAGGUUCACAAUGGGGCAGCUGGGUGGUGAGGGAUGGGAUCCGACAUAUCCGGACAGACUUCCCCCCGAAAAAUUUGUGGAGAUUUUUCCAUCUGUGUGGAUUCGAUCCUGGGGCCCCAGAGCGGUAGGCUGCCACCUUGACCGCUCGGCCUUUUGGGCGUUCCCUAACGAUGCCAUAAGACACACUCGUUACCAGUUCCUUCUGUUUUAUCUAAGGCACAUUUCUGGGAACGGUUUUUUCGCGACAGGAGAGCCGGAAAGGCACGCGGACGUCGGCGAGACCCGGAAAUGACACAGUGUGGUAAAGCCCGGUUAAGACGUUUCCGCAUUUCGCGUUGGAAUUCUGCUGUCCCUAGGUACGAUUCCGGUAUCGACGGUUAAACCGUUUACCGAUUUUCUCGCCCUUUUAACGUUCGGAAAUGGACUCUGUGGCCGACAAAUUUCGGCCAUAAACUGUUGUCGAUUGGAAUUGGAAAACUUUUCCUUCUAGAAAUAUGAAGUGUGUCGCCGUUAUCGAUUACAAAGAAACGGGUCGGUUGACUUAAUGGUUUUUUAAAAACGUCACAAAUAGGCGGUCUCCGAUGCGUCUGUAUUUUCCCACCGAGUUGUGCACCCUCUUAUCGCCUAGUAGGUAAAGUGGGAAAUUUCCAUCAGAGACACCUGUUAACAAAGGAAAAUUAUUCGUUACUGGUGCGAAAGUCAUAUACAAUCACCAAUCUUAGAUGUAAAUGGGUAAACACUUAAUAAAUAGCGGUGGAGAACGUAGAAAAUUAAUCUUUUUGUCAAAUACGCUGUUGAUCGGACUUCCCCCACACGCAUGCAAUUCCCAUCGUCUAUUUGUGACAUCCAAAAGUGCUUUUGAUCGAUUAAAAUAUAUAAAUAUAUCUGCCGCCAUAAACAUUAAGAGUAAAAAGAAGUCGCAGAUAUGCUUUCGUCGACUCCCAGGCUGCGCAUUCUGCACUGGCCUAAUUUGAAUGCGCUACGCACCCGGCUACAUCGAAUAGAAAUGUAUUUAUUGCGCGUGGCAAGUUCGAUAUCGUCGUCGUCGUUACAAGAGAUCUUCGCGUGCAACGUCCUCCUCUGCAAUUCCGAUUGGUGGUGGACUUACCCUCAAAAAUGCCACGUUGGAAAUUAGCACCGUUUCGGUUGUGGUUCAGGUAUUAAUCUCGGACAUAGUUAUAGGUAAUCGGUAAGAUUCGUGCUUUACCGAAGCACGAACUCUACCAAUUACUAACAGCUAUGAACGAGUUGUUUACAAAAAUGUUCCAUUAGUCUUAUAAUUCUCUUAUUAUGUUCUAACUUUUUGCCAGUGUUAUUGGUGUCUUCCACAGAUCGGCAUUGAACGGAUGAUGCACGAGUUGCCGACUUUUUAGAUGUGGGCUGUUUGCAAUUCCCUCAUUUUACCGUAAGUAUACAGUGUAUAUAGCCUAUAUAUUAUAUACAGGGUUGGCACGAAUAUUACGCCGUGUUUUUCCUAGAAUCUUAAUGUUAGAAGCUUUGCGCUAAGAACAAGAAGCAGGCCACUCUGGAUCGGUACUUUAAAAAGUUGUAGAUAUUACACAUCAUUGUAUCUCUUCUGUAAUAAAAUACAGUAUGUGGAUUUAAAAAAAAAUUUUUUUUGCCUUUUCCGCUUAAGGCAUUUUCCCAAGUAGGUCCUUCCAAAAUGUUUUAACGGGGUUCUAAUGUGUAAUACGAUGAUUGUGAUAAUACUCCUCACGGUUGUCAUAAACUGAUUAUCUUCAAGAAAGAAUAGGACGGUUUGAAGUACGAAAUGACUUACGCUGGUUAAUAUGAAAGAAACGCAGAAUUGGGAAAACGUUGAAAGGAGCCUACCGCGAGUCGUAUCCAAAAUUUCCAAUCUGGCUGUCGAUGAAAACGAGUUAUUCGAUGAGAUUACUUACAUUUCCGAGAGUGCUUCUGCAGAAAAGAUUUGCAUAUGGAACGCCAAGAAGUCGACUGUUGCGGAUCAAUGGAUAGAAAGACUCGGAUCUUUCGCUGCAAAUCGCGUGCCAUAUGAACAAGUUUUACAGCUCGUCGAGUUUGUCCUUUGUCACCCGAGAACUAAUGCUACAAAUUAAAGAGUGCUUUCUGCAAUGAAUGUUAAUGUGGACAACCGAGAAAACACUGCUUGAAGUCGAAACAUUAAAAGGCAUACUGGUGGUCGAGCAUAAGUUUGGUGACGAGUCCUGCGGGAAAGUUUACGAGACACUGCUGAAGAAAUCAUCUGUGUUACGAGCAGGAUUUCUACCCACCCGGAAGGGCAGGAAAAUCAAGAUUAUCAUGUGUUUAGAAAUAGUCGGGAAAAGUCAGCAAAUGUACCUGCUUUGUUGAUUUUUUAAAGUAAGAUUCAAACCUAACACUUUUAUUGUAAAAAAGCCGUAUUAAUUAUGCAUUAUUGUGAAUUUUAAAGAAAAAUCUGUAAUACUUUUAAUAAUCUAACAUUGAUAAAAAAAAUUUUUUUGAAAUAUUUGAACUUUCCUAAUCUCUCGCAAUUAUCAUUUAAGCACUCGGUUUGAGGGUUGGAUGUUAAUUAACUGAUUAAAAAACAUGAUAACAAAUUGCAAAAAUGAUAA